UGUUUUCAUUCGCAGGCCAUACAGAAAAUUGAAGAGGAAAACGCGAGGCUAAAAGGACACCAAAACCCACAGCAGAAAGUACAGCAUUUAUUAGCGAUUAAGAGAGAAAACCAUACCCUAAGGGAAGUAAGUAAUGUUCUUUAGACAAGUUUUCUUUUCUUCGGUUUGCAGUGAAGCCCUUUAGGGUGGGAAUACACUAAAGGUCUAGAUACAGGGGCCUUUUUCCAGGGUUAUUUCCCGGGGAAAAGUCUCUUGUAACGCAAAUUUUGGGGCAGUUCUGUCCCCGCGACAAGUCGCACAAAGUUUGCAACUUGCUGAACUUUCAAGGGGCGUGUCGAACUCCUGUAUUCUUGGUUUAAAUUAUCCAAUCCACGCAGAUCACAUAAAGUGUAUGUAAAAUAUAGAAACUGUUGGGCUUGCGGUUUGCGCAAUUUCUCAGUUUCAUCUAUGGCAUUCUUUGGACUUCAUUCACAUUGCUCCUUCGAUUUUGCUUAGCAUCCGUACAAAUUUUCGGAGUUUUGAUAACUGUCCUUAAUUUCAUAGUCGUGAUGUCCUUACACGAUCCUGUAAGAGAAGUUAAAAGGACUCGAAAAGAACUGCGAAAAUUGCAAAGAUUCAUAAACCUUAUUUGUUAAAGUACUCUGAGUCCUAUAUAGGACACUAUUUACAUCUCCUUUUUGAUUUUUGUCAACGGACCUUCAAAUUGGUACAAGGUUUCGUAAAGUUUGUGAUUUUCUGUCAUAAUUUAAAAAUAAACUUGGAGGCAGAUUGCUACUAGCACUCAAAAAGCUAAAACCAGCUCAAAAAGCAAUGCAAGCGAAUUCUGCUUAACUAUCAAAGGACACAACGUAAAAUGACUGUUUCACAUAACCCUCCAUAGCUGACAUGGCAUCUAGCGCACAUAUUCAUUAUAUAAAAGUGAUUAGCUCGAAAACUAUGCUCCUCUGACCACUGUACACUCAUGUACAUGGUCAUUCAGGUCUUUUUUUUUUUCCUUCUCUUAUUUGCUAUUUUAUUGUUUUUUCUGUAUGAGAAAUUUUAAUAUCAUAUUAAGUGUUUUGGCCUCGGUUCGCUGAUCAUCCUUUCAAAUUUGGCGCUCGGAGUGCGCUUAAAGUUCCCGGAUAUUUCGCGUGAUUCUGGGCGAUGAUAAAACUGUAACAGGCGGUGAAAACAAUAGGGGAACAGUUUUAAUUUUGCGAAAUCCAAGAGAAAAACGUUUCAUCAAGCCACUUUUUUCUUUGUUUCACAUCAGCAAGUAAACAAGUUGAUCAAGGAAAACCUGAAGUGUAGCUGCAAGGGAAAGAAAGCGCCGCUGGCUAGCAAGAACGGAGGCGCUGAGAAUAGCAAGAGUGAAGGCGGGCACAGAGGUAGCUCGUCCAGCGAGGAAGGAGGCUCUCCCACAAAGGCAACAGACACAGAGAAAGAAAAUGUUUUUACUACUUCUUCAUAA